AUGAAUAUCUGUGGAAGACGGACGAAUGAGGGCCGCAAUAGCUGCUCGGUACUGAACAAUGGCUAUUAUAGCUUCGAUAAGCUUGACGUGCCGCAGCUUCACUCCUCAGCCAAUCUGCACUUACCGUACAGUGGUGAUUUGACGACAACUGCUGCCAAUGGUGUAAACGCUGACAACGACGAUGACGACGAUCGGGUCAGUUCACUGUCCUAG